CAAAAGAAAAAUAAGAAUGAAACUCAAGUAGUAGAACAUACUCUCGAUGGAUCAGUGGAUCAACGGGGUAAUCCUGCAAUACGUACCAAAAGUGGAAGAUGGGGGCCAGGCACUCUUAUUCUAGUGAAUCAAGGAAUGGCUACACUGGCAUUUUACGGAGUUGGAGUAAACUUGGUAUUGUUCUUAACAAGAGUGGUAGGCCAACAUAAUGCUGAUGCAGCAAACAACGUCAGCAAAUGGUUUGGAACUGUUUAUCUCUUCUCCCUCAUUGGCGCCUUCCUAAGUGAUUCUUAUUGGGGUAGAUUCAGGACUUGCGCCAUCUUUCAGGCAAUUUUUGUCCUUGGUUUGGCUCUUUUGUCACUAUCAUCAUACUUGUUCUUGCUUAACCCUAGAGGAUGUGGUGAUAAGCAAACUCCAUGCAACUCUCACUCUAGCUUACAUGUAGCAAUCUUCUAUUUCGCACUAUACAUGGUAGCCCUUGGCAAUGGAGGAUACCAACCAAUUAUUGCUACAUUUGGAGCCGAUCAAUUCGAUGUCGAACAUCCUAAGGAAAGAAGCUCAAAAAUCGCAUAUUUCAGCUAUUUUUACUUGGCCUUCAAUUUAGGACCUCUCAUUUCCAAUACCAUAUUAGCCUACUAUGAAGAUUAUGGGAAGUGGGAGAUCGGAUUUUCGGCGUCGGCUGCUACUGCUCUUAUGGCUAUGGUGUUGUUCCUUGGUGGUACACCUUGUUAUAGGCACUUCAAACCUCAAGGUAAUCCAGUUUUGAGGUUUAGUAGAGUGUUUGUUGCUGCCAUAAAGAAAUGCAAGGUGGUUGUACCACAAGAUGGUGAUGCUUUGUAUGAAAUAGAUGCUAAGGAUUAUAGCAAAAAUAGAUGUCGAAGGAUCUUACACACACAAGGUUUCAAGUUCUUGGAUAAAGCCGCAGUAAUCACAUCAAAAGAUUGUGCUAGCCAAACCAAGCAUCUUUAUGAUCAGAGGCACUUAUGUACCGUUACACAAGUUGAAGAAGUGAAAUGCAUACUAAGGCUUCUCCCGAUUUGGCUUUGCACAAUAAUGCACUCUGUAGUUUACACUCAAAUGGCCUCGCUUUUUGUGGUUCAAGGCGCGGAAAUGAGAACAAACAUCGGACACCUUCACAUUCCACCAGCCAGCAUGUCUAGUUUCGACAUCCUUAGUGUUGCGGUCUUCAUUUUCCUUUAUCGUCGUGUUUUGAACCCUUUAGUGCUAAGAUUGCGGAAAAGAGGACUCAUUGAGCUCGAAAGGAUGGGGUUUGGCCUAAUUUUUGCGAUUUUGGCUAUGAUCGUAUCUGGUAUAGUAGAAAUUUUCCGAUUAAAAUAUGCGAUAAAGGAUUGUAAGGACUGCAAAUAUGCAAGUUCGCUGAGCAUCUUAUGGCAAAUACCUCAGUUUGUGCUUAUUGGAGCAUCCGAAGUUUUCAUGUAUGUCCCACAAUUAGAAUUUUUCAAUGGACAAGCACCUGAAGGACUGAAGAGCUUUGGGAGUGCACUUUAUACGACAUCAAUGGCACUCGGGAAUUAUCUGAGCAUCGUAAUAGUGACCAUCGUUAUGAAGAUAACUACUAGAGAUAACAUGCAUGGAUGGAUACCGGCAAAACUAAAUAAAGGUCACCUAGAAAAGUUUUACUUCUUACUGGCAGCUCUUACAACAGUUGAUUUUGCAGUAUAUUUAUUAUGCGCAAGAUCCUAUAAGUAUGUGCGAGAAAAUGAUAGUGUUCAUAAAGAAAACAUCGAUUUCUAA